CUUAGCCUGGUGAGGAAAAGACUGAGUGAGGAUCUUAUCAAUGCCUGUAUGUGCCUGAAGGAAGGAUGUCAAGAGGAUGGAGCCAGGCUUUUCUCAGUGGUGCUGAGCAAUAGGGUCUGGGACUGAGGCACAACCUUGGAGACCCUCCAGUGGGAAGAGGGGAAAGAAAGAAAGAAGGAACUCCUCUUAGAGCAGCAGCGACCAGUUUCCCUUCCAGGAGGAGGGAUCUGCUCCCCAGCUUCCCCUGGUCGCUGUUGAGGGCGAGCACGUGCUCCCAGAAGACGCUCAGCCCCUGCACAAGGUCUGAGGAGCAGAGCCGGUGGCAGCCCAGGUGAUCUCCUCUGCCGCUGAAAUCCCUCUGGUCACCAGCCCGUGGCUACCCUUGACCCUGGCAGCAUCUUCAAAGGGAGCAUGGGCCUGCUGCGGGGUGUGCAAUGUUUGCUCACGCACAGGGCCAGCAGCUACAGCCCCCCUGCCUUGGGGGGUUUCGUCAGCCUCCUGCAGCGCUCCGGGGGAGACCGGUCGGCCACUGCUGCUUGCACAAGGAACCCCCUCGUCAGGACUGCAGCCAUGGCCACCUCGGCGAGCUCCCACCUGAGCAAAGCCAUCAAGCACAUGUACAUGAAGCUGCCGCAGGGGGAGAAGGUCCAAGCCAUGUACAUCUGGAUCGACGGGACAGGGGAGCACCUCCGCUGCAAAACCCGCACACUGGACCACGAGCCCAAGAGCCUUGAAGAUCUGCCUGAGUGGAAUUUUGAUGGCUCCAGUACCUACCAGUCUGAAGGCUCCAACAGCGACAUGUACCUGCGACCUGCUGCCAUGUUUCGGGACCCGUUUCGCAAGGAUCCCAAUAAACUAGUUCUCUGUGAGGUCUUCAAAUACAACCGCCAGUGUGCAGACUCAAAUCUCCGACACACCUGCAGGAAGAUUAUGGACAUGGUGUCCAACCAGAACCCCUGGUUUGGCAUGGAGCAAGAGUACACUCUCCUUGGGACAGACGGACAUCCAUUUGGCUGGCCUUCCAACGGCUUCCCUGGACCCCAAGGUCCGUACUACUGCGGUGUAGGGGCAGACAAAGCCUAUGGCAGAGACAUUGUGGAGGCCCACUACCGAGCGUGCCUUUAUGCUGGUGUGAAAAUUGGAGGAACCAACGCAGAAGUGAUGCCAGCCCAGUGGGAGUUCCAGGUGGGACCAUGCGAAGGGAUUGAGAUGGGGGAUCACCUCUGGAUCGCACGCUUCAUCCUGCACCGGGUGUGUGAAGACUUCGGUGUCGUCGUGUCCUUCGAUCCCAAACCCAUCCCUGGGAACUGGAACGGUGCUGGCUGUCACACCAACUUCAGCACCAAGAGCAUGAGGGAAGAAGGAGGUCUCAAGCACAUCGAAGAGGCCAUUGAGAAGCUGAGCAAGCGCCACCAGUACCACAUCCGUGCCUAUGACCCCAAGGGGGGGCUGGACAAUGCCAGGCGCCUGACGGGUUUCCACGAGACAUCCAACAUCAACGAGUUCUCCGCUGGCGUGGCCAACCGCGGCGCCAGCAUCCGCAUCCCCAGGAAAGUGGGCCACGACAAGAUGGGCUACUUUGAGGACCGCCGGCCCUCGGCCAACUGCGAUCCCUACGCUGUGACAGAGGCCCUCGUCCGCACGUGUCUCCUCAACGAAACCGGGGACGAGCCUUUUGAGUACAAGAACUAAGCAGACUGCGCCCACAGACACCGCCUUCCCCCCGCUCUUCCCGCACCCCUAAACUUCCCUUCUAGAUGUAAUCCCAAGGGUACAAGAUAACAUGUUCUGUGUUUCAGUAACUCUUGUUGUCUUGAGGUGGGGGAGGAGGGCAAAUUUAGUUUUAUCGAUGUCUGUUUGUCGUUGACUCCUCGGAAGGCGAGAGGAGGAGGAGAGGAUGUUAGAGAACUUUUAACCACUGUUUUAUUUUUUGUCUAAUUCAUGUGUACAUCUGAUGGGAUCCAGUGGCUUCCAGGGACAGACUGCACACGCAGAAAGCCAGUAGGAAGAGUGGAGAGCUUAAAACUACAGCUGACUUCCCCGAGAGUCAGAUGUGGGGUGUCAGCCCCGCUGCUGGCUCUCUGCAGACUAAUGGUUCUCUAAGGUUGGUGCCCUUCUGCAGAGAAGGGAAGAUGGGAGCUGUGAUGGAGCCCCAUGUGCUCCUGCCUGUAUGGGGAGAUGAUGAGGAGAUCAUCACCUUCUGGCCACUUGGAGGUUUCUGGGAAUCUUCUGGCAUUGAGCUCAGCGUAGGAGCGUUGAGGAGAACUCCUGGUUCUGUCACUGGAAGUCAACCGAUCUCUGGCUCAUAACACAGAGUGAAGUAGUACUUUUCUAUUUAAAUAUAAAAACAGCAAAAAAAAAUUAUAUAUGGAAGUGUUUUUUUCUUAAAAGAGAUGACGUUCCAAUGCCUCAUCCAGCUGGAGCAGGCAGAGCUCUUGCCGGAUGCUGUCGGAGAGCCUCCAGGUGGGACUUGAGGGUGAGCUUGGAGGGCUUGGUGGAGGAGACUUGGAUGAGAUUUGUUCCAGCGUGGAGUGGAGUUUGCAGGAGGCGGCUCCCGGAGCCGGUGGCCUGCAGAAGCAUCACUGUAACUCGAGUGGCCACGAUGCACUAACGAGUGUGUAGCUCAACAGGAGGAAGGUGUCCUGAACUAGGAGUUGACCGGUCAACUUCCCCGCCUUCCGGACAGAGCUGUGGGUGUGUUACCUUUCCAGCAGGGCUAGCAUGUCACUAAAGCAGGGCUUUUGAUAAAGGAAAAAAAAAAAAAAAAGAAGUUUUAGAUAUUUUUUUUUUCAUAAUGUUCUUAGUUUCUCAAACUGACUGGUUUUACAGAGACCGUUGAUGCCACUGUUGUGUCCUGGCUCUCGGGCUGCCUGCCAUCCAGCCGUGAUGGGGGCUGGGAGAAAGGAGAGGCCACUUGUCCCCUCCCAGUCAGCCCUGGCACCCCCAGCUCGUUGUGGGGGGGUUCAAACGUUCCGGGAUUUUACACUUGGGUAUAUUAGAUGGUGCCAGUUAUAUUCCGUUGCAUUUGGACUUCUUCCGAAUAGUUCUGUUUUUUUAAUAAUAAAAAAAGAAAAAAAGAACAAAACCUUAA